AUGCUUGAAAACGUGUAUAUCUUGUUUUUAGGUACUACAGUUGCUGAGGAUGGUUUGGACGAUACCGAACUUGAGCUGUUACGCCAAGCCGAGCUGGCUUUCGAGGCGUCAAAGGGGCGAAACAUAGAUAUGCGUCAUAACCCCGAUUACAUGGAGCGUAUGCGUAUUGAAGCGCGCAGACAGUACCUGGUUGGUCGUGAAGUAGAUAGAUUGGAGCUGGCUGAGCGGGCCCUGGGAGAAAAGGAGAUUCUGUACAAGGGUGUGAAUGAUGACACAGCACGUCAGACGCUCGAAUUCGAAAAGAGCACGGUGGAGUUUGCCAAAUCCACUAUGGCAUCGCGUGCUGCCGAUGUAAGCACAUAUGUAAUGCCGGACUCUUAUGACGAGGACACAAGCCAGCGUCUCGAGGUCCUAAAACGGAAACAGGCAUACAAACAGUCUGAUGUCGUUGUUGAUGAUGGACAAAGUUGGGAGACACAACAAAUGAAACUAGGUGGUCUACCUUCUGGUUCUGCCAAUCGCAACCAAAGCGGAACAGCUGUACUAGGUCUGGGAUCUAUGCAAGCGCCCGCAGGAGCGCCAGGUCUUAUAGGCCUAGACGGUACCAUCGAGUUCGUAGGGAGUGAGUGCCAUUCUGGCGAACUGCCGCCCGAGUUCGACGCUAAAGCUAUUGGGGCGAACCCAGUUGCCGCGGUAUACGAAGCUGUAUCGGAUUUCAGCGAAGAGCAGGAUAUGACAGACUCCGAGGACGAGAUGUCUGACUCCACAGCGUCCACAAAGAAACGCAAGACAUUCGCUGACCGUGUUAUCGCAAAGCAACUGCGAAAGCAACGCCAAGAACAUCGAAAAUUACUAGAGGAGCGCUGCCGCCUACCUAUAUACGGCUACCGGCAUGAGCUUCUAUCCGCAGUUCGCAACCACCCUAUUCUGGUAGUUGUCGGAGAAACUGGUAGUGGUAAGACUACGCAGAUACCGCAGUAUCUUUAUGAGGUGGGAUAUGGCAAAGCAGGUAAAAUUGGCUGUACACAACCUCGAAGGGUAGCAGCCAUGGCUGUAGCUACAAGGGUUUCGCAAGAAAUCGGCUGUAAACUUGGCCAAGAAGUAGGAUACACGAUCCGAUUUGAGGAUUGCACAAGUAGCAAUACAGUAGUGAAAUAUAUGACAGAUGGUAUGCUCCUCCGUGAGAUGAUGACUGAGCCUGACCUCGCCAGCUACUCUGUGAUGAUGAUAGACGAGGCUCAUGAGCGCACCGUGCACACGGAUGUGAUAUUUGGUCUAGUAAAGGACCUCUGCAGAUACAGAAAUGAUUUCAGGUUGAUCGUUGCAUCGGCAACUUUGGAAGCAGAGAAGUUCGCCCUGUAUUUCGAUCACGCACCGAUAUUCCGUAUCCCAGGGCGACGGUACCCCGUUCAGAUAUACUAUACCAAGGCUCCUGAGGCAAACUUUUUGGACGCUUCCGUCAUAACUGUGCUACAAAUCCACGUAACACAGCCGUUGGGAGACAUUUUGGUGUUCUUACCUGGGCAGCAAGAGAUUGAGGAGGUUCAGGAGGAGCUACAGAAUAGGCUAAGAAACCGUGGUAAAGAUAUGAGGGAGCUUAUCGUGCUACCCGUCUAUGCUACGCUGCCCAGCGAUAUGCAGGCAAAGAUAUUUGACCCUACGCCACCUAAUGCCCGGAAGGCGAUAUUGGCAACAAAUAUUGCCGAGACUUCCAUCACUCUCAACGAGAUCGUCUACGUAAUCGAUUGCGGUUUCUGUAAAAUGAACAGUUUCAGCCCUAAAACGGGCAUGGAGUCACUGGUGACAGUUCCGUGCUCUAAAGCUUCGGCCAACCAACGUAGCGGACGUGCGGGACGUGUACGCCCGGGUCAUUGUUUCAGACUCUAUACUAAGUUUUCCUAUGAGAAGGAAAUGGAUGAUGUGAACGAUCCGGAGAUCCAGCGCACGAACCUCGCACACGUAGUGUUAAGUCUUAAGGCACUAGGAAUUGACGAUUUGAUAAACUUCGAUUUUAUGGACCCACCGGCUCCGGAAACCCUAAUCAAGGCGCUGGAACUGAUUUACGCAUUGGGGGCUUUGAAUGACAAGGGGGAACUCACUCGCACCGGACGUCGUAUGGCCGAGUUACCGAUGGAUCCUACCUAUAGCAAGAUGCUACUGGCGUCGGAGAAGUAUAAGUGUACCAAUGAGAUUAUAACUAUAUGUGCUAUGCUCGGCGUUGGUAACAACAUCUUCUACAGACCAAAGGACAAACAAUUGCACGCCGAUAACGCACGGAAGAAUUUCUUCCGCACCGGUGGCGACCACCUGGUGCUGAUGAACGUCUACAACCAAUGGGAGGAAGCAGAUUUCAGCGUGGCGUGGUGCUACGAGAACUUCGUACAACAUAAGUCGCUCAGGAGAGCACAUGAUAUUCGCGAUCAGCUAGUAGAACUCAUGAAGCGCAUUGAGGUUGAAAUCGUCUCCAACUGUAACGAUACAGAUGCAAUUUUGAUGGCUGUCACUUCUGGGCUCUUCACUCAGGCGGCGGUACGGGGCGGUCCAAAGAGCAGUGCGUCGUAUCGGACCCUUAAACACCCGCAGAACGUCGACAUACACCCGCAAUCUGCUUUGUUUGACCAGGAACCUAAAUGCGUGGUCUAUACAGACCUUGUAAUGACCACUAGGCAGUAUAUGCGCAUUGUAGCUCAAAUUCGCCCAGAGUGGUUAACCCAAUUGGCUCCUCACUACUACACCAACGACCAUCCUGCAUUGCAGGGCUCAAAGAAACUGCCGAAAAUGAAGCAUUAA